GUACACUAUUAUUAUCGUCCACCCGCGAGCACGCGCGCGCGGAGCGCCUUGACGUCCUCGCCCGCCCGCCGGACGGCCUCGAGCAUCUCGUUGCCUUUAACUGGCGCGCCGCGCGACUCGAGCGCGAGCACCGCGGCGUCGUCGCGCGCCGCGUCCAGGACCACGUCCACGGCGCAUCCGCCGCAGUCGACCGAAACCGCCAGGGGUAUCGCUCGCAUCGGCGCGCGCGCGUCUAACAACGCCAGCGACGCCGCGUUCAGCGCGCACCGCUGCGCCGCCGUCUGGUCGUCGGCGAUCACGAGGCAGAAGACCGUCGUCACGCGCCGCGGGCACGCGGCGGCGUCGAGCGCGGCGCCCAGCGACGCAUGUAACGCGUCCUCCACCGCCUUUUCGGCGGCGUUGCGGUCCUUGACCGACGACCGCGCGGCGAGUUGCGCCCGGAUCUCGAGGCCGCCGCGACCGGGGUCCUGCGACGCCGCGCGGUCGGUUCGAUGCGUGGGGCCGUCGACCGUCGCCACGACUUCGGUCGCGCCGUCGCGCCAGCGGCAGGAGCCCUGCGCGUCCUCCGUGCAGCCCUGCUCGAAGUCGACGCCGUCGCUCCUGUCCUCGCUGUCAUCAAGCUCCAUGGUGCAGCGAUGGCGUGCCCGCAGCGAUGCCCGUUUGCGCCGAGCUUUGUGCACUAUCCCGUAUGCAACCAGAAUGCAGGUAAUUAGCGCCUGCACCGACCUGUAAUGGCUGCAAUGGCUG